GAGAGCCACAAAGUGGGACUGGUGUGCCUUCUAUAGUCAAAAGAGAGACACUGACAGGACACCAGCUUGUUAAGCAACAAAAAACAGACCAUCGAUCUACAUGGAGCCAAACAGCGAAAACUCCUGGACAAGCUUCGGGGCAGAAGUCAACUUGGAAAAGCUGCAGAAGGUAGCAGCAGAGCUGAUUCUCCCGGGCAGAUUCCUCCUCAGACCUCUGAGUGCCGCCCUGGGGUUCGUGACCCGCCUGCUGGCCUGGGUUUUAGGAUGCAGCCUGGUCCGGAGGCAUUUCCACCUCAUGCUGUCGGGGCUGGUCCUCUUUGGGCCUCUGCUGAGCUUCUGGGUGUCCAAGUACAGCAUCUUCGCCAAUGGCCACCACUACCUGUACAGAAAGUUCCUCAGGUCUACUUGGGGCUGGACCUGCAUCCUCACAGGUUCCUUCGUCGCCCUCCUCUCCUUCUCAGCCCGCCGCUCCGUCUCCCUCACCCUGCGCCACCUCUCUCGGAUCGGCCUCGCUGGUCUUCUGUGGUGGGGCUGUCGGCGCCUUCUGACCCUAUUGGAGGACGCAGCCGGCGCCUGCUACGAACCUCUGGCACCCGCCCAGGACGCCCAGAGCUCCCCCGCCCCGGGGCAGCCUCUGCUGCUCCUGCACGAAGACCAGAGCAAGGCGUCGUGCCUCAAGGCCAACAUGAUGUGGCGAGGGUACGAAGUGUCGCAGGAAACGCUCGUCCUCUGCCUGUGCUGCCUGCUGCUUGUGGAGGAACUGUCCGUGUUCGGUCUCCACCUGGCGCAGGAGAGGCGUCUUCAUAGGUCCCCUAGCUCUCCGUUGGGAGUCCUCUUCCUCCUCUGUGUAGUUCUGCUCAUCAUAUGGAUGGUCUUGCUCCUGUGUUUGCUGGCAUACUUCCCUGCGUGGCCGUCUCAGCAGCUGGGAGGAGCUCUGGGUUACCUGGGGUGGAGGGGCCUCUAUCAGGGAUGGUACCAGCUAACACCCAGUCAGGGGUCCCCUGGUUUACCCGGAGAGGGCCUCUUCACCGGCACAGACUCUGAUAAACACUCCCAGUAGUUUAGAGGGGCAGUAUUAUGCAUUUUCUAUGUACAACAUGACAUUUUAUAGCACAGUCAAGUAACUGUGUUAUCUCCAGCUGUUAUAAAAAUGAUACAUAUAUGAAUUAUGACGUCGAAGAAAUUUAACUUCACAAUUGAUCAUCUUGAAAUUGGGUCCGUCUCUUUAAGAAGCUCCUGCCACCUUCAGGAAGUCAUCAACAACUUUCCACUAUUUUCCCCGUCUACAGUCGUUCUUUAGAGCGUUUCACGUACAACGAGCUCAGCAGACGCUCAGGUGUUGGCUUACUGCUGCUGGCUAGUCUGAAGGAGUGAGUGGGGGAGGGCCGUGUUCUGGGAGGCUGCAGCUCCAGUUAGGAGCUGCGUUGAAAAUGCGGCGGUCGGUGAGAGCAAAUGUUUUUGCUUUUCGAGUGGUUGCCAUGGGAGAUUAAAGGACUCAAAGCAACACUCCCGGCACGUUUCUGAUGAGCAAAAAAAACAUAACGUAGAAAUUUAAAAAAAAAAGUCAAUCUUACGUAAACACUGCCCCUUUACGUUUGUUCAAAGUAAUCAGCAGAACACUCGUAAGAAUCCUGUUGCUUUAUUUUUUUUGUAACCUGAAACAACAUGCAUGCAGCGCUCUGAGAGAACAUCAUCUCUGCCAGGACGUGUGUGUGUUUUUUGGAAUUCAAUCAGUGUUACAGAACAGUAGCAGUAGCUUGUCUAAAAA